AUGACCCAUUCUAGACUAGCUAUCUCAAAGUCCUCGACGAAUACGAAAAUUCAGGAAAGUUUAGAAUACGUGAUAGAACCACUGAGAGGAUUCAGAGAUGGAUACCUCAUCUCAUUAAACUUGGGCUCGCCUCCACAAAUUGUACAAGCCUACAUGGACACAGGAAGUGAUCUCACUUGGGUCCCAUGUGGCAGUAUACCCUUUGAUUGCAUUGAGUGUGACGAGUACAAAACCUACGAGUUAGCUUUCACAUUUUCUCCUUCCCGCUCUUCUUCAAUCUUUCGAGAUCUUUGCACUAGCCCAUUAUGUGCUGAUAUUCACAGCUCAGACAAUCCUUAUGAUCCUUGUGCAACUGCAGGCUGCCCUUUGAGAUCCCUCUUGAGGGGAACUUGCCCAAGGCCUUGCCCUUCUUUCUCCUAUAACUAUGAUGCAGGAGGAUUGAUUGUCGGAAGCCUAACUAGAGACAUUCUCAGGGUUCACGGUAGUCAUGGCCCAGGUCUGACGAGAGAUAUCCCCAGCUUCUGCUUCGGAUGUGUCGGGUCAUCCUUCAGAGAGCCCAUCGGAAUUGCAAGUUUUGGCAAGGGUGCACUUUCCAUCCCUUCACAACUUGGAUACCUCCAAAAGGGCUUCUCUCAUUGCUUCCUAGGUUUCAAGUAUGCUAAUAAUCCAAACAUAUCGAGCCCUUUGGUUAUCGGUGACGAUGCAGUCUCUUCCAGUCAAAACUUUCAGUUCACACAAAUGCUAAAGAAUCCUGUGUACCCCAGCUACUACUACAUUGGUCUAGAAGGGAUAAUUGUUGGGAAUGACAGUCCACUUGAUGUACCAUCAAGCUUGCGCGUUUUUGAUACAGGAGGAAAUGGAGGAUUGCUGAUUGAUUCUGGAACAACUUACACUCACCUUCCAGAGCCAUUAUACUCACAGCUGCUCUCAGAGCUGAAAUCAAAGAUAACAUACACAAGAUCUAGUGACGACGAGGACAGGACUGGAUUCGAUCUUUGUUACAAAGUCCCAGUUGCUAAUAACUCACAGUCUGAUGAUUUACCUCUCAUAACCUUCAACUUUUUGGGCAAUGUGGAGCUUGUAUUGCCCAAAGAAAACUCCUUCUAUGUUGUGGGGGCUCCAAAGGAGUCAAUGGUAGCUAAAUGCUUACUGUUGCAGAGCAUGGAGGAUGGUGACUAUGGGCCAACUGGGGUAUUUGGGAGUUUUCAGCAGCAAAAUGUGGAGGUUUUGUAUGAUUUAGAGAAGGAAAGGAUUGGAUUCCAGCCAAGGGACUGUGCUUCCUCUGCAGCCAAUCAUGGGCUUUAUCUCAAGUAA